AUGUUUGCGAUGCGUAGCGAGAAGCUUUCCAAAUUCCACCACCAUCUUCAUCGAGCAUGGGAUAUCGCCAAAGUCAACAGCUCGGGAAGUCGGACCGUUAUGUAUGAGUCUACGAGCGUCACUGUCUUCAAGCAAGAUCCGGAACGUGCAGAAGUCAAAGUCAGGGAGUUCAAUAUCGUGGAGCUAGUACCUUCGAAGGAUGGCGGGGGUCAGUCUGAUGUCUUUAAAGCCUGUGAGCUGAGCACGUUCUUGGAUGGUUCGCCAGUGUCAGCGAGGUUGAAGUCGAUUCUAGAGGGAACAAACGCAGCUUGA